AUGGGUUGUUGUUGUUCGAAAGCUGAAGUUGCACCAAGUCAUUCCGAGCAAAAAUAUAUCGUUCCAAAAGCAGCUGAACCAGAAAAAGUCGAAACAAAUGGACGAUAUAACAAAAUCGGCAUAAGCACAACAGAUCCAUCGUUAUUGAUUGAAGGUUAUGAAAAGGAAUCGUUAUGUUCACUUGAAGAAGCUUUAAAACCAUUUGAUGGAAAAAUUUCUCGAUUAAAUGAACAAAUUCGUGAUGCGAAAUCGAAAUGUUAUUAUCCAAAUGAACAUCAUUUAACUCAAGAUGAAUCAGCUGCACUCUAUCUUUAUUUAUCUCAAGAGAAAGGUGAUACAGUUUAUAAUUCACUUGAACAAUCUUGGAACAAAAAUAAUCGAGCGGAAAUGAUUCCUUGGUUUAAAUAUUUGAAAUUAUUAAAAUGUGGUUUGGACAAAUUACCCAAAGCUAGAUAUGAAGUCUGGCAAGGAAAUUAUCAUGAUAAAGAUUUAGAAAAAUUACUUCAAUCCAAUUCGAAACCAGAGUUAUUUACCAAAAUGGGUUUAACUUCGCCGUCGUUUCAAGAAGUUAAAAAAAAUCUUCAACAACAAUCGAAUUCGAAAAUGCUCUUUGUUGGUUUUAAAUAUGCUCAAGGAAAAGAUGUGACUGGUUAUGGACCAUCGAAUCAAAAAGAGACUUUCGUUUGGCCGGGAAUUAAAUUAACUCGUGGAAAACAAGUCGAUUCAGAUAAAGUUGGUUCUAUGAUUUUUCAUUUAAAUGGAAAAACAAGAUCUCAAUUAGAAGAAGAAAUGGAAGACAAACUGAAGGAAAAACAUUACGUUUGUCCAGAUGAUGAUUGUCUGAAUAGUUGUCGAGGAAAUCAUCCGAAUGGACAUUGUUAUGGUUUUGAAAGACUUUUACAUAAAUGUUCACAUCAUUGUGGUCCUGUGAAUCAAUGUGUUAUUUGUAAGAAAGAAUAUGCGGAUUUAUGUGAAUGUAAAAAAUGUCAUAAAAAAUCGUGUGAUCAAUGUUCGUAUAAAAUGAUCAAAAUUGAGCCGAGAGUACAAUAG